GGCAAGCGUGAGCGAUACGAGGCGACCGCCAGCGCCCGGCUUCAUUCUAGUCGCGAUCCGAGUUUGCGCUUUGUGGGUUGUUUGGGCGUGUCUACAUUACUAAAAAAAAGAAUCUCCAAAAUGAGUGGCCAGCAGUAUUACCCGUACAAGUGCACCCCCACGGUGUACCCGGCGGAGCCCUUUGACCCGGCGGCAGAUGCGGAGACCCUCCGCAAGGCCAUGAAGGGCUUCGGCACCGAUGAGAAGGCCAUCAUCGACGUGCUGUGCCGCAGAGGCAUCGUCCAGCGGCUGGAGAUCGCCGAAACCUUCAAGACUAACUAUGGAAAGGAUCUGAUCAGCGAGCUGAAGAGCGAGCUCACCGGCAACCUGGAGAACGUGAUCGUGGCUCUCAUGACGCCCCUGCCCCACUUCUACGCCAAGGAGCUCCACGACGCCGUUGCCGGGAUGGGGACUGAUGAGGAAGCCAUCAUCGAGAUCCUGUGCACUCUCUCCAACUACGGCAUCAGGACUAUCUCUGCUUUCUACGAACAGCUGUAUAACAAGAGCCUGGAAUCAGACCUGAAGGGCGACACAUCAGGCCACUUUAAGAGGCUGUGCGUGUCUCUUUGCAUGGCCAACCGCGACGAGAACCAGGGUGUAGACGAGGGUGCCGCUAAGGCCGACGCAGAGGCCCUGGCCAACGCGGGAGAGGGACAGUGGGGCACUGAUGAGUCCGUCUUCAACUCCAUCCUUAUCACCCGCUCUUACCAACAGCUUAGACAGAUCUUCGCAGAAUAUGAGGCUUUAACUGGAAAGGACAUCGAGGAGUCCAUCAAAAAGGAGUUCUCUGGAAGCGUUGAGAAGGGCAUGCUGGCUAUUGUAAAGUGCGUCAAGAGCAAGGUUGGUUUCUUCGCUGAACGCCUGUACUACUCAAUGAAGGGCCUCGGCACCAACGACAAGACCCUCAUCAGAAUCGUGGUCAGCCGCUCCGAAAUCGACCUCGGAGACAUCAAGCAGGCCUUCCUCGACAAAUACGGAAAGACCCUUGACAGCUGGAUCGCUGAUGACACCUCAGGGGAUUACAGGAAGGCUUUAUUGACCCUUAUCGAAUAGAUUGUGAGCUGAGUGGUCAGGCUGCCAACGAUUGCAUAACCACCUAUUUCCAAUACUUUUAAGUUAUGUUUGUCAAUUCGUUAGGUUGUUAAGUGAUCUGAUAGGUACUACGCAUGGAUGACAAACUCGUUUAGGUUUUCAUGAGUUUGUUUUCGAUGCGUGAAUCUCAGCUUCGAAUCGGUUGUAAUUUAAUCUCACGAGAUCUGUAUAUUUUGCUUCUUACUCACUCAUUUCGCACAGUAGCUAACUGCUUCGUGUUGUCUAUGCAUGAAGGUAGUGGUCGAGUGUACGUUUUACGCUAGUUACAGUAGUUGUUCCGUAUUUUUCAGGAGGUCUUAGGAGGUCCGAUCGGCCUUCUCCUUUCUACACUGUGUUACUAGACACCGUAAACACUCAGUAUUACGAGUUUACAAGCAACAUUAAUGUAACACUUAACUUUGUGAUGUUUAAAUUUAUUUAUUUUUGUAAACGAGUACACACUUACUGUUGCAUUUUAUUUAAAGACAUUUUAUUUUUUAUAUUAAUUUAAGCUACUAUAAGAAUAACGUGGAUAAUCUCAUGCUUACACCAAUGCACGUUUUGUGAAUGGAUUGAAAUUACAA